ACCAAUAAUAUAUGCUUAUUACAGGCCCUUUGAUUAUGGCCACGUCUUUUCUCCUUCGUUAGCCAUGAAUGAAGGCCUUACCAUGUCUCGUAACUUCGCUGAAAACCCUAGAACCAACCAAUAACAUUUACUCAAAUUAUUCACUGCGGUACAGGUAAGGUACAAAGGUUAGUUUGCUGUAGCAGCUGACGGAUGGUUGAGUAACUUGACAUCUAAACAAGAUUCAAAGAUGGCUGCUGUCUCAAGAAUAUCUGUACUACUAAGGCACUUGACCAAACAAACAAGAGCAUUUCAUCAGCAGAAAGUAUGCAGCUCUGCAUUACUCCAGGUAAAACAAGGGUUAGGUGUUUCAUGUCUCCGCCCUGUAGCCACAGCCUCUGCUCUCAAACCAGAGAGUUUACGCAGCGAGUGGGAGAAACCGUCCUUUGACAUGGAGAAGAUGACGGCACUGUUGGAUCACGACAAUCAUGAGAUGAGGAAGAAAUUCCGAGAAUAUCUCAGCAAUGACCCAGACAUCAUUCCCCAGUAUAACAUCCCACUGGAAGAAGAGAGAGAAAAAGCCUUGAAGAUUCUCCAGCGGAUCUGCGACUUGCAAUUCAUCUCUGUGCUCGACUUCAAAAACAACCCCUUGCGUAUCUUUGCUGCCCAUGAACUGGUGGCUAUCAUUGAUCCUGCCACGGCCACCAAGAUGACAGUGCAGUUCAACCUGUUUGGAGGGACCGUGCUCAAAUUGGGAACCGAGAGACACCUGAAUAAACUACUGGCAGGAAUUGACACCUUAGAUGAUAUUGGCUGCUUUGGGCUUACAGAACUUGGCUAUGGGAACAAUGCAGUAGAGAUGGAAACAACAGCUGUGUAUGACAAGAGCACUCAGGAGUUUGUGAUCAACACCCCGACCCCUUUGGCUCAGAAAUACUGGAUCACUAAUGGCGCAAUACAUGCCAAGCACUGCGUGGUCUUUGCACAGUUGAUAGUGGACGGACAAAACCAUGGGAUCCACGGAGUGCUGGUGCGUAUCCGUGACGAUGACCUGAAAACCAUGCCCAAUGUGUUGAUAGAGGAUAUGGGUCACAAGAUGGGACUAAAUGGAGUUGAUAAUGCCAAGUUAUCUUUUAAUAACGUCAGAGUGCCCAGAGAGAAUUUGCUGAACAAGUAUUCUGAUGUUGCAGAGGAUGGCACCUUCACCACCUCCAUCAAGGGGAACAGGGCCAGGUUCCUCACAGUGGCUGACCAGUUGCUGUCUGGGCGUAUCUGCAUUGCUAGUAUGGGGCAGGGGGCUGCCAAGGCCGGACUCACCAUAGCACUGAGAUAUGCUGCUACACGCCUCACAGUUGGAGCCUCAGGAAAAUCAGACACGCCUAUUCUUAAGUAUCAGCUCCAGCAGAGGGCGCUCAUCCCAUUCUUGGCCAACACCUACGCCAUGAACUUUGCCUUGGACUACGUGAAAGAUCGCUGGGCUUUUCAGAAACCAGAUGGUUCAGAGCACCAGGAGGUGGUCACAAUGUGCUGUGCUAUCAAGGCCCUAGCUGGUUGGUAUGGUGAAGAAAUGGCGUCGGUUGGCAGAGAGAGAUGUGGAGGGCAAGGCUACUUGUCAUGCAACAGGUUUGGCACUUUCCUCGGCGCUGCCCAUGCUGCGCUGACCGCAGAGGGAGACAACAGUGUCCUGAUGCAGAAAGUCGCCAAGGAAGUCUUGGAGAUGUUCAUGACCAACCCCCCUAACGUUACAGAGGUGACCACAGAGAACCUGAACAACCUGGACUACCUGCACUUCUUGAUGCAGAAGAGGGAGAUUACCCUGUUCAUGACACUGGGAAUGAAGAUGAUGGAAGCUGGUAAAGAAGGGAGGUUUGAUGCUUGGAUGUACAGAUGCAGUGACCUAGUCCAAGGGGCUGCCCGCGCAUACGGAGAGCGCCUCAUCAGUGAGCAAUUUCAAGCAGCUAUCGACAGAGCAGAUGCAUCACUGAAACCUAUCCUGACGCAGCUACGCCACCUAUAUCUCAUCAACACCAUAGAAAAAGACUUGGGUUGGUUUGUAACCUCGGAAACCAUGACAGUGCCUACUGGGCGUCAGGUGAAUGAAGUAGCGGCCGAGCUCUGUCGUCAGAUUGCACCUCAGUCUCUGGCUCUCUCUGAUGCCUUUGCUGUGCCAGAUGCAUUGCUGUCUGCCCCCAUUGCCAUGGACUGGGUCAAAUAUAAUGAAAGGGAUAAUCAGGGAGAAGUGGUUUAAGCCAUGGAAUGCUUUUUUUAUACAGUUUAACAGUGCAUGUGAUAUUUAGAUGGCAGACAUAUACAGUAUUAACUCCUCUGAGAAUGAGAUGAAUGAACAAUUUUCCCCCAAGAAGUGUUUUGUAACUAAGUAUUAUCUAACUAUGUUAAAUCUGAAGUAUGUAAAUUUGGUCUGCUUCGUGGUGUAUGUUUUGUUAGUGACAACAAAUAAGUCUUCUAAAAGAAAAGUAGACAGUGAGGCACUUGAAGAAAAACUAAUUAUCCAAAACCAAAUGCCUGGAAAAAAAUAAAAAGAGUGUUUACUGGGUGUACAUAUUUAUACAGAUAACUUUUUCUCAGACUUUGGAUGAACAGGGUUUGUUAUUGUAAAUGAAACCUAUUAUCUAGACAAAAUGUUGUUCCAAAGUGUUGCCAUUUUACUUUAUUGCUGAAACGUAUAAAGGUUUUUCUGCUACAGAAUCGAUUUGACCAAAAGAGUAACAGCAUUUACCUGUAGUAAAUGUGGAAACCUGCUGGCAACCUGCCUAGAUCAAAUAUUUUUUAUGUAAGAUAUUGUCCUCACUGUAUCUUUUUGUAAAUAAUUUGAAUAUAUUUAUGAAGUAGACAGAUUAUUGGGUUAUAUUUCUCUUUGACACAUUUGGACUAGAGGAUAGUAAUAGAAAUUAAUUAAGUAAAGACAUUUUGAAUUUUACAUGGGAAUAUAUGACGGACAAGCUUGUUUUGAGGAAUGAAAAUUUAUAUGAAUUUGAAAUAAAGAUACUGAUGAUCUUGUUCUUUCCAUAGCUUUUUUAAAUAAAAUUAAUUGAAAAUA